AUGGAACGAUUUUUUAAGAGAAAGUCAUCUUCGGUUAGUAGUUCGAAUAAUGUUGGUACUUUGGGUUCAACUUCAAGUUCAAGACAAAGUGAGUUAGAUGGGGUUUUGGCUAAUCUUCAGGCAGACCCUGGACUAAGAACUCGAAUGAUUGAUUAUGAUUCUAAUAUUAGAGAUGAGAUCCGAAGGGCAUAUCUACAAAAAGGACCUUGUCAACCUAGAGGUCAUAAUUUCCCACAAAGUAGCAUUUCGGGAAUUAAUAGACGAUUCAUUCCUAAAUGGUUUGAUGAAUUUGAUUGGUUGGAGUAUAGUAUAUUUAAAGAUGCUGCAUUUUGUCUGUAUUGCUAUCUCUUUAAAUCCAAUUUUGAACAAGUGGGUAGUGAAGCAUUCAUUGGAGCAGGCUUUAAGAAUUGGAAGAAUGGGAGAGAAAGAAUGAAGACAUAUGUUGGACCGGUUGGUAGUGCUCAUAAUCAAGCUAGAGAAGAGGCUACAAAUUUGAUGAAUCAAAAUGCACAUAUUGAAAUGGCCGUGAACAAACACUCUGAGCAAGCUCGUAUGGCUUAUCGCACAUGCUUGAUUGCAUCAAUUAAGUGCACUAAGUUUUUAUUGCGACAAGGUCUUGCUUUUCGUGGCCAUGAUGAAAGUGCCACUUCAAGCAAUAGGGGAAAUUAUUUGGAGCUAUUGCAAUUCCUUGCAGACAAUGAUGAGAAAGUUAGGGCCGUUGUGUUUGAAAAUGCUCCGGGGAAUCUCAAGCUAGUAGCUCCUACCAUUCAAAAAGAUCUUGUCAAUUCAUGUGCCCUUGAAACACUUGUUGCUAUAAUGAGUGAUUUAAAUGAUAGAUUCUUUUCUAUAAUGGUGGAUGAAGCACGUGAUAUUUCGGUAAAAGAGCAAAUGGCUAUGGUGUUGCGUUAUGUGAAUGACAAAGGACAUGUAAUUGAAAGGUUUGUGGGCAUCCAACAUGUUACCGAUAUCACUUCAACUUCACUAAAGGAUGCUAUUGACACAUUCCUUUCUUCCAAUGGUUUGAGCUUUUCCAAGCUACGAGGACAAGGUUAUGAUGGAGCGAGCAAUAUGAGAGGUGAGUUGAAUGGCCUUAAAACGAAGAUUUUGAGAGAACAACCAUGUGCUUAUUAUGUUCAUUGUUUUGCUCAUCAACUUCAACUAGCUCUUGUUGCCGUGGCAAAGAAAAAUAUUGACAUUGCUUCUUUCUUCACAACGGCUAAUAGCAUUGUUAAUCAUGUUGGAGCAUCUUACAAGAGACGUGAUGCACUAAGAGCGCAACUCCAAGAAGAACUUGUGAUAGCUUUUGAAAAUGAUUGUCUUAUAACGGGUCGAGGCUUAAAUCAAGAAACAAGUCUCAAACGUGCCGGUGACACACGAUGGAACUCACAUUAUGGUACCUUAAUUAGCAUCACUUCUAUGUUUUCAUCCGUGAUUCAUGUGCUUCAAAUGAUUAUUGAUGAUAAUCCUAAUGAUAUUGCCGGUGAAGCAAAUAAAUUAAUGAGGGAAAUGCUUACUUUUGAGUUUGUAUUUCACCUUUUCUUGAUGAAAGCCAUAUUGGGAGUGACAAAUGAUUUGUCACAAGCAUUGCAAAAGAAGGAUCAAGAAAUUGUGAAUGCGAUGGCUUUAGUGAAAUCAUGCAAGGAAACGCUACAUUGGAUGAGGAAUAAUGAGUUUGAUGCAUUGGUUGAUGAAGUAUCUUCAUUUUGUGACAAACAUCAUAUUGAAGUUCCUAACAUGGAUGAGGCAUUUGUACUUCCCGGAAGGUCAAGGCGUAACGCUCCAAUUAAGACAAAUCGUCAUCAUUAUCGUGUGGAGCUCUUUAUUUAUGUCAUUGAUGAGCAACUUACGGAGUUAGAUGAUAGAUUCAAUGAGGUAAAUACUGAGUUGCUUAAUUAUUUGGCAUGUUUGAGUCCGGAUGAUUCAUUUGUAGCUUUUGAUAAACAAAAGUUACUUCACCUUGCUCAAUUUUAUCCUCAAGAGUUUUCAGAUAUGAUCGGUUCAUAA